UGCCAGAGAUGUGGUCGACCUUGGCAGUGAAAACUGUAGUGGAGGCUGUGAGGGCCACCGCCCCGCGGAUGGUAUAAAACCCCCGUCCCUGGAGCGUAUUGUCACUUCGAAACUAGCUCACACAGCAAGUCCGACCUCAACUCUCUAGCAUCAUGAAGGUGUUCGCUGUCCUCCUCUUGGCCGUUGCUGCCGCCAACGCUACCUUUGUCCCCGCGGUCAACACCGCCUACGUCACAUCCGGCCAGGUCGGAGGUGCCUUCGCCUACACCGUUGCUGAGAACAAGGUUGUGCCUGCUGUCGCUCCCCUCGCCUACUCUGCCUACACCACCUACCCCUAUGCCUACAACUACGGCGUCUUCGCCCCCGCUGAGGUGAAGGCUGAGGAGGCCAAGCCCGUCGAAGUCAAGGUUGAGGCUAAGGCCGCCGAUAUGAAGAAGGAAGCCCCCGUCGUCGGCUACUACGGUGCCUACCCCUACGCCGCCUACCCUUCCGCUGCUGCCGCUGCUUAUCCUUACAACACCUAUGCUUACGGAGCUGCCUACCCUUACGCCGCUUACCCCUACUCCGCCUACCCCUACACCGCUUUCUACAAGAAGUAAGAAAGUAACGCAACUGACUGCUGACGACUGAUUUCACGUAAUGCUCACUUUGUUUUGUUGAUUGUUACACCGUUGACGUUUUGCAAAAUGUGUUCAUAAAUCAAAUUUUUGCUUGAGUCACGAUAACGACAGAAAUUUGCCCAUAAUUCAAUAAAGUACAACACCUUCACGCAAA